CUCCUCCCCCACACCACAGACUCUGCACAGCUCUUUUGCCGGUGGAAGAUUGGUCGGACAGCGGGUGCCAUUUGGCGCAGUAUUGAGCCACAUCCGUUAACAAAGAACGUCCAGUAAUUUAUUUAUCGUCGAAUUUGUGAGUUUUAUUUAAUACAUUUUGCCGUCAAACAUUCACAAUGAGCUCAAUUAACGUCAAAAAGCUGAAAGUCAACGAGCUGAAGGACGAGCUGAAAAAGCGUAAUCUUUCGGACAAGGGGUUGAAGGCCGAGUUGAUGGACCGCCUGCAGGCCGCGCUGGACGAGGAGGCCCUUGCUGGAGACUCCCCGCUGGACCAAAAAGCUGCAGCGGACGAGGGCUUUGACCAGGCCGCCGACCAGGAGGGUAUGGGAGAGGAAGAAGAGGGCGAUGGCCCGAUAGAAGAAAGCAUGGAGGCCAACGAAGAGGAGGAGGAGGAAGAAGAGCCGGAGAAUGGGGGCGACGGUGAUGGUGUUGCCGAAGACGAAGAAAUGGGCGAAGGGGAAGAGGACGGGGAUGGGGACGAGGACGACGAGAUGGAUCCCAUGCUCAAGGGAGAUGUGGACGAUAUGGAGAAAAUAGACGCAGAGGAUGGUGAGCCCGGGGACCAGGUUGCUGAGGGGGAUGCGGACAAAGACACGAAUGCUGAUCAGAAGAAUAAGAAGGGUGUUAAGAGACGCCGGGAGGAACAUGGAAGGGGCUACUUUGAAUUUAUUGAAGAGAACAAAUACAGCUGGGCCUCAUUCAAGUCUCCUGUGCCACCUCUUGAGGAAGAAGAUGAGGAGUUUGAUGACACAAAAGUCUGCCUGGAUACAUACAACUGCGACCUGCACUUUAAGGUGUCAAGAGACCGUUACAGCGCAUCAUCUCUCACAAUGGAGAGUUUUGCUUACCUCUGGUCUGGAGGCAAGGCCACCUAUGGUGUGAACAAAGGCAAAGCCUGCUUUGAGAUGAAGGUACAAUUACAGGAGAAAAUUCCUGUGAAGCACAUUUCCAGCAAGAACAUGGAGAUCCAUGACGUGCAGGUUGGCUGGUCCCUGGCUACUGGCACACUGCUCCUGGGUGAGGAGGAGCAUUCUUACGCCUACUCUGGAAAAGGCAAGAAGACAUCCAACUGUGUGACAGAAGACUUUGGAGAAACUUAUGAGGAGAACGAUGUCAUCUGCUGCCUUAUUGACUUUGAAGGUGAUGAAGUGGUGUUGUCCUUCGCCAAGAACGGCGGGGAGCCUGUUGUCGCCUUCCAGAUCAGCAAGGACACUCUGAACGGCCAGGCCCUUUUCCCCCACGUCAUCUGCCACAACUGUGCUGUGGAAUUCAACUUUGGUCAGAUGGAAACUCCAUAUUUCCCUCAGCCCCAGGGCUACUCUUUCCUGCAGCAGAUCCCUGUCAGUGAUCGAGUCUGCGGGCUCAAGGGGCCACAGACCAAGGCAGACUGUGAGAUCAUUGUGAUGGUGGGUCUGCCAGGCUCAGGGAAGACUACAUGGGUGAAGAACCAUGUCCAGGAGAACCCUGGGAAAUACUACAUCCUGGGCAGUGACACCAUUGUGGACAAGAUGAUGAUCAACAGUCUGAAGCGCCAGUCAAAGGACAUCACAAAACUGACGGCCAUUUCCCAGCGAGCCCCGCUUUUCUUGGGAAAGUUCAUUGAAAUUGCCGCUCGCAAGAAGAGAAACUACAUUUUGGAUCAUACCAACCUGUCUGCCCCGGGCCAGAAGAGGAAGAUGUGUUUGUUUGCAGGCUUCCAGCGCAAGGCUGUGGUGGUCUGUCCCUCUGACGACGAGUACAAGCAGAGAGUUCAGAAGAAGGUCGAGAGUGAUGGCAAAGAAGUGCCUGAGCAUGCUGUCCUCAAAAUGAAAGGCUUUUACUCUCUGCCUGAGGAGGGAGAGAGCUUCAGCGAGGUCAUCUAUGCUGAGAUGCAGAAGGAGGAGGCUGCUAAGCUUCUGGAACAAUACAAAGAGGAAAGCAAGACCGCUCUGCCUGCUGAAAAGAAACCCAACCAGGGAAGCACAACACCCAAAAGAGGAGGCGGCCUGCGCGGUGGCGGCCGGGGAGGCAAGAACCAGUUUGGUCGCGGUGGUGGACCUGGACAGAGAGGCGGUGGCCGAGGAGGCUUCCAGAACAGAGGCAACUUUAGAGGAGCUCCUGGUCCUCGUGGCGGCUUCAACCGUCCACCUCGCGGCUUCCUGCCUCCCCCAGCCUUCAGAGGAGGAUUCCCCAACCGUGGAAACUUUAGUCGGGGCGGCGGCCCCAUUCCCAGCCUGGGCGGAUCCCCCAGGGGUGGACCAAUGAGGGGUAACAUGGGACCCAGAGGAGGACCCAUGAGCAGAGGUGGCCCAAUGAACAGAGGGAACAUGAACAGAGGAGGUGGAGCAGGCAUGAGCCGUGGUGGAAACAGGGGACAUCCCAACCAGUUUCAGCAGAGAGGUGGUAACCGUGGCAACUUCGGCAACAAGAAUGGCAACUUCGGAAACAACAGGAACAGUGGAAACUUUGGCAACAGGAACGGCAUGGACAAAGCCCAAGCCUUCAACCAGAGCUGGCAGCAAGGGUUCUGGAACCAGAAGCCGUGGAGCCAGCAGUAUCAGCCUGGAUAUUACUAAGACACUUGUUCUAACGGACUGGUGGCCGACAGGGAGACCCACCGCUUGCCACGGAACAUCCCUCCACCCUGCUGUUUGAUUUUUUUUUUUCUUAUUAUUAUACUUUUUUUUCUUUUCGUAGAACCCACUUUUAUUAAUCUAAAACCCACCAACCGACUACCGAGACUAACGCGAUAUGGAGCAACAACAUUCCACAUCAGAGGGGAGACCAGGCAACCGCAGUGUAAUUGAAGCUUUAUAUAUAUAUACAUAUAUAUAUAUAUCUAUAUACACAUUUACAACGUGGGUUCAGUCUCUCAUUCACUCAUCUGUUUAUUUCUUUUUCUUUUGUUGUAUAUUUCAUUAUCUUUUUCACCACUUUUAAAUGACGUGCUUUUAAAAAAAUCUGUUUGUGAUAUCAGGAACCAGAAACAUUCUGCCAGCACGGCAGAUGUUACGAAAGAUUUUUUUUCAGGGUUGUGCAUUUUAUCUGUGCUGUGAUUUUUGUUUUUGCUUUUUUUAUUACAAAUUGUAAAUAUUUUUUUUGUUUUGUUUUGGGUUUUUUUUUUUUUUUUUGCAUAGUUUGUAUGAGAAGUUUAAGAAAUGGUAAUGAUUGAAAGGAACCUUUGCUUCUUAGCAAGAAGCAUGGUAGCUGAUUAUAUUGUUAGACUGUACAUGUCAAUAGAGUCCACUGUCGAACAGUUAAACUGAAGCAGCAGAUAAAUUACAGCAAGUUUUUGUCUUUUGUUCCCACUAUCAAAUCUGUAACCUAAACUCCAUAGACCUACAAUAAACAACUCGUUGGCUUUUUUACAUUC